AUGCUUGGUCUGCGGCGUCUGAUGCAGGGGGAUGCCAAACACCCGAAGGCGCCUUUAGGAAACAAUUUCAGACCUCCACAACCGCUGCACCAUCGAGCGGUCCGUACAAAUAUUGACUUCAAUGUUAAACACCGUAGUGAUAAUGGAAAAAAUUGCCCUAGCAUGUACAAGGAUGUGUACUACAAGGCCAACAGUUGGAGGCAGCAUUAA